GCGUCGUGGCCUCGCCUGCCCCGCCUUAGCUCCCGCGCUAGAGAGAAACAUGUAUCGUUUCCGAUCACAGCUCUUCACGGAGAUUUCUGCUGCCGCCACCGCCCACUCUCACCCCCGCCGCUUCUCGCCUCUGUUGUUAGUGGAAGACUCGCUUCUCAACCGCCUGCCGCACAGACGCACGAGUAAAAAGUGCAGCUCCAUCGGCUGAUCCUCGCUAAGUUCCGAGUUCAAGCGGCACCGGGCGUCCCACGAUGCCGAAGAAUAAGAAGCGGAACACUCCCCACCGCGGUGGCAGUGGUGGCGGCGGCACAGGGGCAGCCGCAGCGACGGCGGUGGCAGCAGGUAGCCAGCAUCGAAAUGUUCAACCUUUUAGUGACGAGGAUGCGUCGAUUGAAACAAUGAGCCAUUGCAGUGGUUACAGUGAUCCCUCCAGUUUUGCUGAAGAUGUGCUUGGUUUAUAUUAUUCCUUAGGACCAGAAGUCCUUGAUGAGGAAGGAACCCAAGAAGACUUAGAAUACAAGUUGAAGGGACUCAUUGACCUGACGCUGGAUAAGAGUGCAAAGACAAGGCAGGCAGCUCUUGAAGGUAUUAAGAAUGCGAUGUCUUCAAAAAUGCUUUAUGAAUUUAUUUUGGAAAGAAGAAUGACUUUAACUGACAGCAUUGAACGCUGCCUGAAAAAAGGUAAGAGUGACGAGCAGUGUGCAGCUGCAGCAUUAGCGUGUGUCCUUUGUAUUCAGUUGGGCCCUGGAAUUGAAAGUGAAGAGAUUUUAAAAACUCUUGGACCGAUCCUGAAGAAAAUAAUUUGUGAUGGAACGACAAGUAUCCAGGCUAGGCAAACUUGUGCAACUUGCUUUGGUGUUUGCUGUUUUAUUGCCACAGAUGACAUUACUGAGCUGUAUUCAACUCUAGAGUGCUUGGAAAAUAUCUUCACCAAGUCAUAUCUCAAAGAGAAAGACCCUAAUGGUAUUUGCAGCACCCCUACUACAGUCCUUCAUAUCAGCUCGCUUCUCGCAUGGACGUUAUUACUGACCAUAUGCCCAAUCAAUGAAGUGAAGAAAAAGCUUGAGAUGCAUUUACAUAAGCUUCCAAGCCUACUCUCUUGUGAUGAUGUAAACAUGAGAAUUGCUGCUGGCAUAUCUUUGGCACUUCUGUUUGAGUUGGCCAGAGGAAUGGAUAACGACUUUUUUUAUGAAGACAUGGAGUCUUUGACUCAGAUGCUUAGGGCAUUGGCUACAGAUGGAAAUAAGCACCGGGCCAAAGUGGACAAAAGAAAGCAGCGGUCGGUCUUCAGAGAUAUUCUGAGAGCGGUGGAGGAACGGGAUUUUCCAACAGAAACUGUUAAAUUUGGUCCAGAACGCAUGUAUAUUGAUUGCUGGGUCAAAAAACACACCUAUGACAUCUUUAAAGAGGUUCUUGGGUCGGGGAUGCAGUACCACUUGCAGUCAAAUGAAUUCCUUCGCAAUGUAUUUGAACUUGGUCCCCCCGUGAUGCUCGAUGCGGCAACUCUUAAAACGAUGAAGAUUUCUCGUUUUGAAAGGCAUUUAUAUAACUCUGCAGCCUUCAAAGCCCGAACAAAAGCUCGGAGCAAAUGUCGAGAUAAGAGAGCAGAUGUUGGAGAAUUCUUCUAGAUUUUCAGUAUUUGAAGACUACUUUCUGAUUUUUUUUUUUUUUUCCUUAAUUUCUAAUGUAUUUAAACUGUAGAAACAGUUUUUAUCCUGGGGGUCAACACAGAUAACUUUUGUAGCAGGGGUUAUAUAUUACUUGUAAUUUAAUGUACAGUAUUACAAAUGGUGAGGUCUGAUUAUUGAAUAUUCUCUGUAAAUAGAAUCAGUAAAUAUGAAUAAAGUGUAAUGUUUAGUCAUAUUCUACUUGUGAAGAGAGAAAAAAAUCGGGUGUUUCACUUGAUUUAUGAUGAGAAAAACUAUUACACAAGGUUAAAUUUCUUAUACUGUGGUUAUCAGAAAUAUUGAUUAUAAUGAUAAAUACAAGGUAUAAAAUAUGAUCUUAGACAAUUCUGGAUACAAUUUUCCUGUGGAAAAGCUGCUUAUAUUUUAAAUUUUAAAUGAAACGUAGCUAUUUUAAUUUUGUCACUAGGAUGGACGAAAGGAAUUAUACCAUGACAUCUUGUAACUACAUUUGCGGACCUUUUGAUCUGGCUAUUGGGAGUUCAUGAUGAAUUAGCAUAUGCAAGAAAGGUUGCUACCCUUAACCUCAGAGUGGUAACACUAAUUUUAUCUGCUGUGUAAGACUUUGUGCUUUUUACUUUGAAAUAAAGAUCUUUUCACACUUACAGAACUUCUUUAAUAGAAACAUUGAUUUUAGGUACAGAAUACAAAAUGAUGUGGCCUGGUAGGGAGGGGAGUAGACAAAGUUUUGUUUAUAGGAAACAUUAAAUAGAUGAAAAAAUGUAGCAAUAUAUAACUAGUAUUCAAGUUGUGGACACUUAAGGAUAUUGAUGCUUGGUUGCCCCCGUGAGGAAAUUUUUCAUUUUAAGGAAAAUUGUAAGCAUUUUGACAGUGCAUUAAGGUUUGUUAUUAUUAAAACAAAAAACAUUAAAAUUGUAUAUAGCACAAGCAACACCUGCAGUCUCGAAUUUAUGGACUUGUUUCUUUGAUACUCUUAGCACAGAGAGUAGUGAUGUGAUGGCCGGGAAAGCCUGUACGCUGUAGAGAGAAAUACCCAAGUCACCUAAGGUACUUUUUCCAAGCUAGUGUUCUUCCUUUCCCACAUUCCAACUCCUAGAAGGAAGGUCUGAUGUGCCCUCUAGUUGACUGAAAGUCAUUAGCUGGCUCAGAGUCACUGUUGCUGAUGGGAGUGUGAGUUCUAUCCCUCAAAUAUAGUGGAAUGGAAAGCAGAUGUGGAAUCUAUACCUUGAGUUUGUAUGUUCCCAUGUCUUUUAUAUUCCAAAUAGAACCAUGGAGAAAUAGCAAUAAGUGUUUUACUAAAUUUUUAAUACGUGUAUACAUACUUUAAAAUAAAAAUGAGUUUUUAUUAAAGUGUUACAUACAUAGCUUAAUUGUACUUUAAGCUUACAAAAAAAAAGUUGUAUGGCCAUCCUCGUUUCCAU